AGCCGCAGCAUGGCCGCCUUGCUGAGACCGGCCGGCUGGCUCCUCCGCGCCCCGGCACGGGCCCCUCGCCGCCUGCUCGCGCCCGGGACGCCCGGGACCCGCGCCAUCCGGGACCGGCCACCUCUCCACCUAACGCGGCGCUUCGCCUUCGCCGCCCAGACGACACUUGAUCACCAGGAGGACGCAGGCUCCAUUCAGAGGAGGCAGGGAAACCAGUUCGAGUGGGCCUUGGCGAGACUGGACAACUCUGUCCGGAGAACUGGACGCAUCACCAAGAACCUCCUUCAGAGAAUCUUCACCAACAUCUGCAAAUCGGGAAAUCCCGGGAGCAACCAGGCCUUGCUCCUUCUCCGUAGCUGUGGCUCACUCCUGCCUGAACUUCCACCGUCCGAGCGGACAGAGUUUGCCCAUCAGAUAUGGGACCGACUUCAGCAGCUGGGCACGGUGUUUGAUGCCAGCCACUACAACGCUCUGCUUAAAGUCUAUCUUCAGAAUGAGCACAAGUUUUCACCAACCGAUUUCCUGACCAAGAUGGAAGGAGCCAAUGUGCCACCCAACCGAGUUACGUACCAGAGACUGAUUGCUGCUUAUUGCCACUUAGGGGACAUCGAAGGAGCCAGCAAAGUCCUUGGAUUCAUGAAGACGAAGGAUCUUCCGGUCACAGAAGCAGUUUUCAGUUCGCUUGUGACGGGACACGCAAGAGCUGGGGACAUGGAGAACGCAGAGAACAUCCUCUCGGUGAUGCAGGAAGCGGGAAUCGAACCCGGCCCCGACACCUACCUGGCAUUACUGAAGGCGUACGCUGAGAGAGGCGACAUAGCGCGUGUUAAGGAGACGCUGGAUAAGGUGGAGCAGAUGGACCAUUACCUUAUGGACAGGGACCUGAUGCAGAUCACCUAUAGCCUGACUAAGGCUGGCUACCCUCAGUAUGUCUCGGACAUCUUGGAGCGCAUGAAGUUCCAAAGGGGAUACAUUCCAGAUGUGAUGAACCUGUGUCUGAGUCUGAUCACCGAGAAGCUGGAGGACACAGCCUUCCAAGUCCUGCUGACGUGCCCCCGAACCGUGGCCGAGGGUUCAGACGGGGGUGCCGUCGACUUCGGCAACUUCUUCUUGCGCCACUGUGUGACCACGGACACGCCGUUCCUCAAGCUGCAAGGCUUCUGCAAUCAUCUAAGGGAUGCCCAGCUCCAUGCUGCCCCUUUUCAGUUCAGCUUGCAUUGUGCCCUGUCAUCCGGGAAAGCAGUCCUGGCGUUUGAGCUGAUGAAGGCGCUGAAGGAAGGAGGUAGCCAUCCCAUCCGAACUCACUAUUUCUGGCCGCUGCUCGCCAGGUGCCAGAAGGAGAAGAACGUUGCCGGGGUGUUCCGCGUCCUCAAAGGGAUGCAGGAGCUGGGAGUACGGCCCGACGUGGAAACGUUCGCCAACUACGUGAUCCCGUGCUUCGAGAGCGUGCAGGCCGCACGCGCCCAGCUGCAGGAGAACGGCUGCUUGCCCGAGAGUGACACAUUUUCCGGAGCCGAAUUCCGCAUCGAAUCCGUCAAGGGGAAUCUGGAACGGGUCUCCUCGUUACUGUCCUCGCAGUCCUCACCUUUGGACGUGACGGCUCUUCGCAACACCCUGGUGCAAGGCUUUAGGAGGUGCGAUGACAUAAAUCUUUGGAGCAAGAUCACACAACAGUUGUUCCCGGAUGGAGGUCAGGACCCCAAGCUGCCUGGACCAUCGGAAGCUGUUGGCUAUUUUCUUUAUAACUUGAUUGACAGCAUGAGUGACUCAGAGGUACAGGCCAAGGAGGAGCGUUUGAGACAAUACUUCCAUCAGCUGAAGAAGAUGAACAUGACCAUCCCUGAAAACCUCUUCAAAGGCAUCCGCAAUCUGCUGGAUGCCCAUCAUGUUCCUGAAUUAAUUAAGGACGUGGCCUUGUUGAUUGACAGAGAGCACAUAGAUUUGAGAAAACGCACACCGUACAAGUCAUCGAGUCUGGAGGAGGAGCUGGAGAGGCUGAAGUCCGAAAAGGAGCCUAUUGGGGAUGUUCUGAAACAACUCAUCUUGGCGCUCUGCGCGGAAGAGGAUAUGCAGAAAGCCCUCGACGUGAAGGCCAAGUACAAGGCAGACAUGGCUAUCGGUGGCUACGCGGCCUUGAUUAACCUGUGCUGUCGACACGACAACGCCGCCGACGCGCUGAGCCUGAAACAAGACAUCGACCGGAUAGAUCCCACCGUCGUUCUGGACACCAGCAAGUACGUGGCGCUGGUCAAAGUCUUGGCGAAGCAGAGUCAGCUGCAGGACGCGAUUAACAUUCUGAAGGAGAUGAAAGAGAAGGAUGUGCUUAUCAAAGACACCACAGUCACAUCCUUCUUCCACAUUCUGAACGGGGCCGCCCUGCGAGGGGAAGCGGACACUGUGAAAGAGUUGCAUGAAGCCAUCCUGCAGCUGGGGCUGGCGAAGCCAACUACCAACCUGUGUUCCCCUCUGGUCACAGUCCACCUUGAAAAGAACAACCCCCAGGCCGCCCUAGAGGCCUCCAUGGAUUGCUAUAAGAAGUACCAGAAGAUCCCCAGGAUACACGACGUGCUCUGUCAGCUCAUCGAAAAAGGAGAAGCUGAUCUCAUUGAGAAGGCCAUGGAGUUUGUGAGCCAGGAACAGGGAGAGAUGUCCAUGCUGUAUGAUCUCUUCUUCGCCUUCCUGCAGACCGGGAAGUACAAGGAGGCCCGCAAGGUGAUUGAGACUCCAGGAAUCAGAGCCCGCCCUGGACGGAUUCAGUGGUUCUGUGAACGGUGCAUUGCCAAUAACCAGGUUGAGACCUUGGAGAAACUAGUGGAACUGACGAAGAACCUGUUCGAAUGUGACAGAGAUCAGAUGUACUAUUACGUGCUAAAAUUGUGCAAGGAGAACGGAGACUGGCAGAGAGCCGACGCUGCGUGGAACAAGCUGCAGGAAGAAAAUAUCGUUCCUCGGGAGAAAACGUUGAGGUUGCUGGCUGAAAUCCUUCGAGAUAGCAAUCAGGAGGUUCCCUUUACAGUGCCCGAGUUGUGGCACGAAGACGUCAAGGUCCCCAAGGACCCCGCAUUGGUGGAAUCCACUCUCUCACCCCUGGAAAAGGACUUCCAGAAACAGAUCCUGAACUCCUGCCAGAAGAAUGGAGCCCAGGAAGCAUACAAUAUUUUCCUGGAGGCACAAAAGAAGAAUAUUGUGUUCGAUGCAAAUACCUACUCAAGCCUUCUCAAAGCAUUGCUGACUGACGGUUGCCUGGAAGAAUUCAUGAAAGUGAGAAGCAUCGCCGAGACCCACAUCGAGGGCUUCACGCUCAGCGGCGCUGCCAACAGUCUCCUCAUCAUAACGCAAGUUAGGCGGGAUUAUUUGAAAGAUGCCCUCAUCACCCUGAGGACCAUGCUGGACCAGGAGCAGAGCCCUCUGCCGAUGGCGGUCACACGCCUCACCCAGGCGCUGGCGACGAAGGGAGACGUGGAAGGCAUCCGUACCGUGGAGAGGGCGAUGCAGAGCUUACUGGGCACCAUCAAGCUCUCACACAUGGUUUUCACCAAUAACCUCGCCCUGGCACACAUCAGGAACAACAAUCUCGACUCCGCCGUCGAGAGCAUCGAGAACCUGUUUCACUCCGGCACCAUGAAGUCGGAUUCGAUGAGCUCCAGUUUGGCGUAUUUGUUCCGGAAGGUGCUCGAGGACCAGCUGGAACCGGCCGUGGAGAAGCUUAGCAUUAUGGCGGAGCGCCUAGCCAAUCAGUUUGCACUGUAUAGACCGGUCACGGACCUCUUCCUCCAAUUCCUGGUGGCCGGCAGAGAGGACAAUGCCCGCGCUCUCCUUCAGAGGUGCGGGGCCAUAGCCGAACAGCACCAUAUCCUGCAGGCAUUCUUUGUGAAGAUGGCCAGCCGUCCAGGACAGGCACGGAUUCUGAACUCACUCAUGGAGCUGCUGCCCGACCUGGCCCAGAGGCCCGAGAUAUGCGGUUACCUCAUGAAAAGCUAUGCUCUGAACCAGGAUGUGGCUUCCGCCAAAGCCCUGUUUGCCCAAAUGAAGGAGAAGAACAUGAAUCUGGACGAGCUGUUCCUGAAGCGCUACGCCACUCUGUUGAGGGAUUCCGGAGAGCCCGUACCCUUCACUGAGCCCCCCGAGAGCUUCAAGUUCUACGCGGAGCAGCUGAAGAAGGCCCGGCAGAGCGAAUGGGAAGGCCGCCCUAGCCCCACUGCUGCUUAUUAAUUGCUGUAAUUCUGAUUUAAAACCCUGUGAAUGCGCAUGAGCCCGGCGAGUGGAGGUGGAGCGAAUGGAACAGACGUCUGUGGAAUGUAUUUCCUGAGGCCUCGGAGGGCCUGGAGUAAACAUUUGUGGAUAGUG